AUGAGCCUCUGUAGAUUUUUGCGCUGGGAAUUUCAUGCUCGAUGGGUGGAGGCACAUUCCUUAUCCCUGCGUCAGGUGUUUUGCGCGAAUGCUGGUGAUUCCCGCUGCGUGCUGGCCAGGGGAGGUCGUGCUCAAAAUCUAUCGCGAGACCACAAGCCGGAGUUGGAGAGUGAACGCAGACGAAUCGCGCAGGCUGGCGGCUUUGUGUCUGCGGACGGCCGCGUCGAUGGCAACCUGAAUCUCUCGCGCUCCCUGGGGGACUUCGCCUACAAAAAGGACACAUCUCGGAAGGCAACAGAGCAGAAGAUCUCGGCUGAAGCCGAGGCGCUGUAUGCAGUGAAGAGGCGUGCAGAAGAGGUUGCCGGGCUUUUCUCCAAAGACAGGAAAAUCCUGCGGGCCGAUGGCUGGGGCCCGGGCAAGUGGACCCUCGUCCUGCGAAGUGUGGCGAAGGCAGAGCGUCUGGAUCUUUCUCUUCAGCUGCUGGCACUGAUUCAAGCAGGAAGGCUGCAAGCGGAUGUUUUUCAUUACUCAGCAGCGAUCAGUCCGACUCGCGGCCUGUGGCCUUCGGCGUUGUCCAUGCUUCAGAGUGCGGAAGACACAGGUAUCACCCCGAACGAGUACACCUUCGGGAACGUGAUGCAGAGUAUCGAGAAUUGGCUGCUUGCGCUGCACUGCCUCCAUAGGAUGCUUCAAAGUCACCUCCGCAGCAAUAGUGUCACACAGACCACGCUCAUCAACAGCUAUGCUCAGCAACAUCAGUGGGAGCAAGCCCUCUCACAGCACAGUUCUCCGCAGGGCCAGACAAGCUUUACCAUUGCCGCAGCGAUGUCGGCUUGUGACAAAAGCUCCGAAUGGGAUCGCUGCCUUGGACUUUUCGACUGCUUGAGCUCCACGACUUCAACGGUUUGCCCUUCCCGUCCUCCAAAAGACGUGGUUUGCUACGGCUUAGCCCUUGCCUCUACACAGAGCUGGCAAAUUGCAGAGGAUCUUUUGGCAGAGAUGGCGACAGAAUCUCUACGCAGCAACUCCUUGUGCUACAACGCAGCGAUCUCAUCCUGUGAGUCUGAGUGGGAGGCAGCAUCGCGCCUUUUUAGUCACAUGUGUGCAAAGCGACUUGAGGUGGGACUCUGUCGAGCCACUGUUGCCCAUGUUUGUCGCGGCUCCUGGGAGUCUGCCUUGUGCCUACUCCAGGGGCAGCUUGACCAAGGCAUUCCGCCUGAUGCGGCUUUGGCUGGCUCAGUCGUUCAGGCCAUCGCGGAAGGCCUAGGCACUGGGAUCGCAGAAGACCUGCUCCUGAAGUUGCUGGAUCUCUGGAGGCUGCAGCUUCCUUCAGAAAAGUGGACAGACUUGCCGGACGCCGCAAAUGUGCUUGUGUGCCAGCCAGGUCUUCUGGUCCUAUGCAAGCCACCGGGAAUUACCAGCGAAGCUGCUGUAACCAACCUUGCUGGCCUUGCUGGGACAGGUCUGCGCAUGGUCUCCCGACUCGAUGCUCAGACGUCUGGGAUUCUUCCGCUUGCAGUGGGUGAGGUUGCUGCCAGGUAUUUCCAAGCACAGUUUGCGGCCCGGCUGGUGCAGAAGGAGUACACGUGUUUGUGCGAAGGUGCGCCUCUAGGGCAGGUGGGGACGACGGGAAAGAUCUCUGAGCCGCUUCUCACUACUGGAGUGGAUGGGGUAAACUCUCGGACGCGCACCUCAGCAGAAGGGCGCGAGUCCCAUACAGCCUACCUCGUCAAAUCAAGAUACUCGAUUGGCACUCCUAGGUCAGACACAGAGCUGAUUCUCUUGCGAGUGAGACCCCUGACAGGUCGCACCCACCAAAUACGUGUGCACCUUGCAAGCAUAGGACGCCCGAUUGUGGGUGACGUCAUCUAUGGCACUAAGCAAUCCAAAGUCUCUGCACGCCUCUUUCUGCACUGUGGGCGGAUUCGCCUGCGAGACUUCAACGGUCGACGCCUCACUGUGAGAGCGCCGCUUCCGCGGGAUCUCACGGAGAGCCUAAUCAACCUGGAAGAAAACCAGAACAGGGGGCACUGGGCAGGGAGCGGAUGCCAAAGCGCCAUUCGCGGCUUUUCCAGCUUGGAACUUGGCUUCCAGGUGGUCACCAUGAUCAACUUCAUCCCGAAAACAUGCGCUUCGGUGGCGCUUCUUUACGGCAAGCGACCGUUGCAACGGAUCGCAGUGGGUGCUGCUAAGCAGCAGCUAGAGAUUCCCCUGGACGUCGUGUCAGACAUCCCAAGCAAAGUCGACAGCAGUGUGGCAUAUGUGGGCAACAAGUACAAUGCCUUGCCCUGGAAGGACUUCGUGGACAUCAAACUCGAUGCCCGCAACUUGAUCGAAGCCGACGUCAAGUCCGCGUUGACCGACCUGGAUUGGUUUGGAAAGGUCAACGCCUUGUACGCAGGAAAGCAGACUGAGACUGAGAUGGACGUGGCAGCCAAGACCAUCGGGGCCAUGAAGCCAGUGAAGUAUCCGAUUGCCAAGAAGUGA